AUGAAUAUGUUGGAUGAUGAAGAUGACCAAAGCUUUCACGCUACGCGUGACGGCUACUCCCAUUUGAGCGAUGUCGAAUGGGAUGCGGUUGAACGGAUGGGUUCAACCAUGGGCAUCCAUGCUGUUAGCGUCAUGCUAGAGGCUCUCAAUAGAGAUGCCCAACAUGCUACUAUCGCCAAGUUCAUUCAAAAUGAACUUGACGCAGAACGCGAGAAAGUAGCCUUGCUUCACCAACAAGGUUCUCAACAAGCAGAGUUGUUGAGAGAACAGGGUGCUCAACAGUUUGAACUGUUGAGACAGCAGCAGGCUGCUGCUGGUGGGUCGAUGCACUCGCGUCGACCCGAGACUUUGAAGAUUGACAUCUCCAAGUAUAGGGGGGUCGAAGAAGACUCCCUCUUGAGAUGGUUCGUCGAAUUGGAUGACGCCAUAAGGGCGCGUCGCAUCGACUACGGGGAUAUGCAAGUUGCAUUUGCCCAGUCAAAUAUGGCAGGACGUGCCAAGACUUGGGCACUGGGGCUCAAGUUGCACGACCCAUAUGCGUUUGGGUCGUUGGAAGUCUUCAAGUCGCGGCUCAGACAAACGUUUGAACCGCCUAGAGCUGAGUUCAGAGCUCGAACCGAACUCUUGAAGCUCAAGCAGGGUAAGCGUGAUGUGCACGCUUACGCUCAACAUAUACGACAUCUCACGAGUUGUAUAAGUUCCAACCCGGUUGAUUAA